ACGAGAUUUGAACUUUUCAACUUCAAUAUUCUACUUUGCGCCAUUAACUCUUGGUGUCGCUACCGUAUAAUUAUCACAAAUGUGUUGAGAAUCUUAUCAAAGACCUCUAUCGCCAUGAUCAAGGCACCAAAAGCACCAUUUGUGUGCCUUCAAUGUCGCCUAAUUCGAUUACCCCAAAGGCAACGGCUCCUCCAUAACGCCGCCACAACACGCCUACUCUGUACCUCUAGCCGUAAAUAUAAUUCUGCGGCUUCAAUUAGCACCGACAUCCCAAUCCAAGCCCGACCCACGACAGCCCCAAAGCCCAAUGUCGACAUCAAACACAUCCGUCAGAACCCUUCGCUGUACGAAGAGAACUGUCUAGAGCGGAACUACAAGACCCAAAGCAAAUACCCCUCGCGCAUAAUCGAAUUAUUUGCGCAAUGGCAAGCCAGCCAAAAGGACGGUAGGAGCCUACGAGAACGGGGAAACGCCCUGCGUCGGCAGAUAGCGAACCCGGCAACAAUCCAACAUGAGGACGAAGAGACGGAGUCGAAAUCUGGAAAGGUUACUACUGACGGCGCAACAAUCACGGACGGAGAUAUUAAAACCAUGAGCAAAGACCAACUCAUUGAGGAAGCGCGCAUAGUCAAAGAAAAGCUCUCGACGAUUGAAGACGACGAAGCCCGCUAUGAAGCCCAGAUGUCCGAGCUCGCACUCGCCAUCCCAAACCUGACAAGCCCGGAGACCCCUCGCGGCGAGGAACCCCGCGUCCUAAGUUUUAUCAACGAUCACCCAGAGCCCACGCCCUCGUUGUCGGACCGUAUCUGGCGGUCGCACAUGCACAUCGGAUCCGAGCUGGGCAUCCUGGACUUCGCAGGUGCGGCUACGACGUCUGGGUGGGGUUGGUACUAUCUGGUGGACGAGGGCGCACAGCUCGAGCAAGCGCUCAUCAGCUACGCCCUCGCUGUCGUGACUAAGCAGGACCUCGGGUGGCGUCAAGUGUCUCCACCGAGCAUCGUAUACAGCCACAUCGGUGCAGCCUGUGGGUUCCAGCCGCGCGACCAGAACGGCGAGCAGCAGGUUUACUCCCUCAAAGGCCAGCCCGGAAAACCUGAGCUGUGCCUCGCCGGGACAGCGGAGAUACCGCUCGCGGGCAUGAAAGCCGACUCUAUUCUCGAAGAGGCCGACAUACCGCUAAAAUACAUCGGCGUCUCGCGUUGCUAUCGCGCCGAGGCAGGUGCGCGGGGCGUCGAUACGAAGGGCCUGUACCGAGUCCACGAGUUCACGAAAGUCGAGAUGUUCGCGUGGACGCCCCCCGACGUAACAGCCACCACCGAAAUUUUCGACGAGAUGCUGGAUUUACAAACAGAGAUAUUACAAGGUUUAGGACUACACUGUCGCGUUUUGGAAAUGCCGACGACGGAUUUAGGAGCCUCCGCUUUCCGCAAGUGCGACAUCGAGGCUUUCUUCCCGAGCCGUCGCGACCCGGAGCGCGAGGGCGAACGCGAUGGCUGGGGUGAGGUUACUAGCGCGAGUGUAUGCACCGAUUACCAGGCGCGUCGUCUGGCUACGCGCUUAAAGACCUCGGGUAAGAUGGCGUAUCCUUGGACCGUAAACGGUACCGCGCUAGCCGUUCCGCGUGUCCUGGCUGCGCUGUUGGAGAAUGGCUGGGACGAGGCGGAUAUGAGCGUGACUAUACCCGAGGUCCUACGUCCGUGGAUGGAUGGGAGGGAGAAGAUUGGGUUGAAGCAUCGGCGACAGUAAGGGGAGUACAUGCAUGCAUAAGGAGGGAAACGGGUUGGUUACCUUUGUUUGGAUUAAAAAAGGGUUCGUUGUGAUGAUUCCUGCACAAAUAUAUCCUACAACAUGAUCAGGCUGGCUGGCGGAGCAAGGCACGAUGUACAAACAGCAAGGAU